AUAACAUUUUCAGACAAAUGUUUAAAAUGCUUUGAAAUCUGGAAAUCUUUAAUACUCUGUGUUCCUGGGGAACCUUAAUUUUUUUGUUACAUGUUUUGACCUAACAGACCUGUUUCAAAAAUGACAGAAACCUCAUGGGAGGGCUCUAAUGGCCUAGUGAGGACCAGGUCUGGACGGAGAAAGCACUGGAAACUGCCAAACAUGAUACAGGGUGUUCGUCACAGGUUCAGGGAUAAGUGGAGAAGUAAGUCUCCAGACUUUACUCUUGAAGAAACUGCAUCUCAAAGUUCAAAUUUCCAAUUUCCUGGAGGAAAUAGUCUCCCCAGAGCUGCCAGUCUUAUGAGCACCGACUACGGGUUCAAUGAUUGGGGAUUUGAGGAGGAAGGGACAAAGGUGGCAGCGCUACAUGCUAAACCUGUUGUACCUCAGCCUGGGACAUCAAGACAUGUGGCAGCGUCAGAUAUUCAUUUCAAUGGUAGCAACAACUCUUCUAAUCAAAGACAUAUUAGCAGUGAAAAUCAAUCAUUAACUUCUCAUGAUACAUAUACAAACUCAAGUGGCAGACAAGUUGCAGGAAAUAAUGUAAAUUUAGGGCUACAAAACAAUGGGACCGUCCAGAGAGGGAAAUCAGUCAGAUUUGGUGAAAAUAGGAUUAGUAUAUUCAUGCAGGACUCAACCCAAGCACUAGAAGAAUGUGUACGUUUAGCACUGUCCUAUGCUGAAGAAACUAAGCGUGGGGACUAUUGCUCUGAUAGUGAAGCUGUAAAUCUUUCCCGUCAUAUCAGUCAGGCUCAGGAUUCAGAGAUGGGAGCUGGAGAUGGAAAAUCAAAUUCUUUCUGGUCUGAUACGGAAGAGAGAAAUAAAACGAUUGAUAAUAACCGAAAGAGUGAUAGUCAUUGUGAACGUGCUUCAUCUAACUCCUCUCAAAAACCCUAUGGUCAGGCUGUGAAUUCUUUAGACAGGGUGGAGAGGAUAGAAAAUAGAUAUAGAAGAAAAAAGAAAAAUUCACAAAUUAAUGAAGUUUUUUCUUUUAUUGAUAAGGUACUAAGUGGCUGUGAAAAUGGAUGUUCUGAUGAUGGAUGUCCUUUAGCUCGAGGUUGUGUUCCUCAACUGCAUGGAGGAGGACAUCAUGUGUCUUUCCAUUCCCAUCACAAUGGUGGAAGUGCUGGCAAAUAUUCCGAAAAGAAAGAUCAUCGUGAUAAAACAAAUAAAACAUACGCUUACAAUCGUCCAAGUUUAGAGUCAACCUGGAACCAGUCAAGAAAGGAAACAGGAUAUGAAAGUGAGAGUGACUGUGAUCUUCUAACAGAAGCUGGAGCAUCAAGUUCAAACUCUAAAGGAAGAACCAGGAAAAAAGAAUCGUCAAGAGCCCUGGUGUCCUCUAACAAGAAAACUGCCGAGGAUGUGUUUGCUCAGAUUAUUUUCUGUUCCGAGUCUAGCAAUAAAAAUAUGGGAAUGCCAAAAUACAUGCACUUACAUCACAAAAUUAGUCAAACAAUUUGCAAUGCCAUCUUUUUAUGCAAGAUAUCUGAUGAUGAUCGAAUGUCCCUAACUACAGCAAUAUCUGAAGACGAUGAUGCUGAAAGCGUACACAAUUCUACUUCUCCAUAUAAGGCGCGGCAGAGUGGAAGUGCUGCAAGUUUCAACUGCACAGGCGCGGUUAGGAAAGCCGGUUUUCUUUCAGUCAAAAAAUGGCUGCUUCGAAAAAAGCAUCAGGUUGAGCUGGCUAGGAAGCGAGGGUGGAAGGGCUACUGGGUGUGCCUGAAAGGAACAACUCUGCUUUUUUAUCCUUGUGAUUCAAGAGAGGGAAGAGCUGUUGAGGCAACCCCAAAACAUUUGAUAAUUGUGGAUGGAUCCAUCCUUCAACCUAUCCCUGAACAUCCGAAGAGAGAUUUUAUCUUCUGUCUCUCAACAGCAUUCGGGGACGCGUACCUAUUCCAGGCCCCCUGUCAAGUGGAGCUUGAGAACUGGGUAAACAGUAUACAUUCAGCAUGCGCAGCGGCAUUCGCGCGCCAUAGAGGAAAAACCGGAACCCUUCACCUUCUCCAGGAGGAGAUCUAUAGACUAGAGAAGGGUCUGGAGGCUGACCACAAGCUGAAGAGGAUGGCUGAACUACAAUCCUCCGUUGUAGCAGAUCCUCCAUCCAAACAUCAGAUUCAGAGUCAGAUAAGUCACUGGGAGGAGAACCUGGAGAGGUUGCAGGUUGAACAGUUUAGAUUGAGAUGUUACAUGGCGAGUUUACAGGCUGGAGAACUACCAAAUCCAAAGGGAGUGCUAACCCAAAUAUCCCGGCCUACGAAGGGUAUGCUGAACAGACUGGGCGUAUUCACUGUAUCCUCCCUCCAUGCCUACAUCUGUGCUAGGAGUCCCAGUUUACUAAAUAAUCUGCUGGCAGGGAGGGGUGCAACAAAACGACGUGCUCCCAUGCUAUCCAGAAAUAAUUCUGUCUCUGGUCGGAGAAGUUUGCAUAACUCCAGUGGAAGCAUGGACGCAGAGAAACUUGUUCAAGUUGACCUCCCGGAUAAUCAGUGUGUAUCUGUCUAUCUUCGCGACGCCAUGACAGUUGAAGAAUUUCUAGCGGCGAGCUGCAUUAAACAAGGACUUUCACCAAAUGAACAUUUUAUCAGGGUGAAGAAACGCCGUGAGAUGCCAAGCGUAAACUAUUUUGUUCCUCACAGAUCUGAUGUUAUCGAAACAUAUCUUGCAACACACGAGGUUGUGGAGGUCUGUGGGAAGAUUCUUUACCAGGUUGAGUUAGCUAGAAGUACCCUUGAGGUAAUGUGGGGGUUCUCCGUAGAGGCUGAACUAGUUGAGAACAACGAAAAGCAGGAUGAACUUUGCUGCUAUGUAUCCAGAGUGGAAGAGACGAGUGUAGCGAUGGAAAACGGUAUAAUAAAAGCUGAUGAGAUAAUGGUGAUAAACGGGGCAAUUGUAUCAGAUCUCGAUAUGAUGUACAUAGAAUCUGUACUGCAGUUAGAUUCCCUGGUGUGCCCCCCUCCCCCCUCGGACAGUGCAUUGAAUGAAGACGUAAUCUCCAGCCUGAUUGUACCUGCCCCUAAAUGGAAUAAGGAAAAUGUUUCCCCCGACGGAGAAUCUACAGCUCCUCCCUCAGAUAGAAGUGACAGGAGUAGCGGUCAUCUUCAAUCAGAUAGGGGUAGCGGGUAUAUCCACAGUGAGCGGGAUAGUGGAAUUGGUGGUAUAACAAUACCCCAUCCUAAAUCUAGAGGAGGAGAUAUAAUAGGUAACCAACCAGCACUUGAUGUUGAUGCACUGAUCCGGCAGCAGCAAGGGAGCAGUCUGACCGGCCGGCUGGGUAGCCCGACCGGAAGUGUGGUUAGUUUAACCACACUUCCCAUAGGAACACCAAGGCAACUGUCUGACGCUGAGAAAUUACGCAAAGUGAUACUUGAACUGGUAGAGACGGAGAGAACUUAUGUUCAGCAUCUUGGAUACCUAAUGAAAACAUACCUGGAGCCCCUACGACAGGAAACUUUCCUUUCUAAUACCGAAAUAUCCUCCCUCUUCGGGAAUAUACAGGAGAUCUAUAGUUUCCAACAGCAGUUUCUUCACACUAUGGAGAAUGCUUUGGAUACGGAGGCACAGUUCAUGAACCUGGAUACUCCCAGUCAAUUCAAGAAUAUAUUGUUCUCCAUUGGCUCAGCGUUCCUGUACUAUGUAAACCAUUUUAAGCUUUACAGCUCAUUCUGUGCUAGCCACUCAAAAGCUCAAAAAGUUCUGCACCCAAGUGAGGGUAAUCAAGCACUGCAGGAGUUCCUUCUCUCCUGUAAUCCUAAACAACAACAUUCAACAGCUCUAGAAUCCUAUCUGAUAAAACCAAUCCAAAGGAUUCUCAAGUACCCUCUACUACUCAACCAACUCAAGAACCUGACAGAUACUAGUACAGAUGAACAUCAACAUUUGAUAGAGGCCCUCAUGGGAAUGGAGAAGGUUGCCGAGCAUAUUAAUGAGAUGCAGAGAAUACACGAGGAAUAUGGCGCCAUCUUUGAUCAUUUGUUCAGACAACAUCAUAAAACUAGUAAACAGGUGGUAGAUUUAUCCCCCGGUGAUCUGCUGUACUAUGGCGGGGUAGAAUGGAUAAAUAUUGCGGAUUUUCUUGGCAAAAUCAAAAAGGGUUUGGAGUUGCACGCAAUGUGCUUUGUAUUUAAAACUGCAGUCGUCUUCCUCUGUAAAGAGAGACUACGACAGAAGAAAAAAUCAUUAAUUGUAAGUCGUGCAAAGGCAGUCAUGUAUUUAAAGAUGACGUAUCAGGAUAUGUCUGGACACUAUCUCUGGGAGCUGAUCCAUCUCAAGUCUCAGGUUCAGCGUAGACAAGAGAAAAUAUAUCAUCUCUCUAACAGUACAUCAGACUUCAGAAAUGCGUUCCUUAAAACUAUUCGACAAAUUAUCAGAGAAAGUGUGAGGAACAUGUCUUUACCCCCAUGUGAUCCAGUAAGAAGGCCUGAACCUCCAAUGAGAUCUGACUCUACGAAGCUAACCUGUCACGAACAAGAGGGUCAUUCCACCCAUACUCUACAGUUAAAUAGAAAAAAGACGAGUACGAGUAAGGCAAGCUAUAACAGCUUGCAGCGUCACAGCAGUGCUAAUAUAGAAAGCAUGCAUCGAUCCGUGGAUCUGCAUCGAUCAAUUGAUCUUAAUCGAUCAAUGGAUCUCAAUAGAUCAAUGGAUCUCAAUCGAUCUAUGGAUUCCUAUCAACGGUGUGCAUCAGGCAACCUUGAUUACGAUAAUGUUGAGAACUGCAGAACUACAUCUAAUGGUGGAGUUACAAGGAAAGAUAGAAAUCUUGGAGAUGGUUUAGAUGAACUAGCUGAUCUGGCCGGACAUAGUGAAUCUGACAGUGUGCGAGACGAGUGUAGUUCUGGUGUACGAAGUGAAGGCGAAGAGGAUCCGCCGCGGCGGACAGGAACCCUUUCUUGGGAGGAUGAGAGGCGGGGCGGAGUGGGCGGAGUGGGCGGAGCAGCCCAGCUCGGAUCCUCCUCAACCCUCUCAUCCUGUUCUACCACCAGCCAGGCUAGGUUGAUACAAUCAUCACUUAGAGAAACCCAACCUCCGGUUCCGCCUCCGAGAACAUCCUCCGCCGUGACGGAAGCUCUUCCGCCACCAACCUCCGAUCUAGGUAAGCGAUCAACCUGUAUGCAAUGCUAUCUAUCUGGACACUCUGAUGGGAGCAUAGACUCCGUGGAGCCGUCUACUGAAGGGAGCAGCUCCGUUGGAACUCCUCGGGAUCCAAACCCUCCGGAUCCUCUUCAACCCAUGGUUCCAAUACCUCGGGACGGAGAUAGCGGGAUAGGACAGGAUAUGAUACAAUCCUGUUUGUCUGCCGGGAUACGGAACUCAGAGAGUCGGGACUCUGGGAUUGGGACAAGGGAAUUAUUGCCGACUAACUUCAAUCCAGAGUCCCGAGAUAAUUUCCCGAACAGCUCGGGACUAGAGUCUCGGGACAGUAUUCAAAGCAGCUCCGGUCCUGAUUCCCAGGAUUAUAUCCCAAACAGUUCUAAGGAUAUGAUCCCGUUUGUCCCUGCUCCCACUGGGUCCGGAGUAUCAAUCCCGAGCCUGGGAGUUUCUGAGUCUCGGGAAAGUAUCCCGAAUAGCUUGGGACUGGGAAUAGAACUGCUUGACAGUGGGGAUGAAAUUAUAGUGUAUCGGGAACCUAAUCCCGAUGAUAUUACUGUUUCAACAAAUGAAUUUAUUUAAACAUUUACGAUGUCGUAGAGUACUAUCUAGCGUUUACAUAUAUAUUCUAUAUAUUUACACAAUUUCAUGAUACAUCUUUGUGCUACAUUGAAAUAUUUCUUUAAAAACUUGAUGUUGUCUUAUGAAUUUUGGAGAGCCCUUAUACUGCAUGAUAAAUGAAUUUCAAAUACAAUUUUUUAAUAUUUGAAAUUCAAGAAACACUAAUGUUUAUUUUUAUUUUUCGCAUGGUUCCGUAUUUAUUUCUAAAGUACUGCAUGUACAGCGUACACCCAAUUUUCCCUAUAUCAAUACACUUAAGUAAAUUCUACGCACAAAUAUUUGUAUUUCAUCUCAUGUUCAGCCCUGUUAGAGUUUGGUAUCAGCUGUCGACUAGAAAUCCGCCAAACAACAAACAAAAUCAAGUAUUUUGUGUACAAAAUACUGCACUCUUAAUACCUGUAUUUUCUUAUUGUAACAAUCAAACUUUUAAAUUAUCCCAGUUCUUAACUUUUAGUUUAUUUAUUUUAA